AUGGAGAGUCUUCCGCCCAAUUUGACGGUAGAGGCACUGGCUCUGUCUCCAGCAGAGACCAAGACGUACCUGCGGUGGUACACGGAUCUUCUCUUGCGGAAGCGGGGCGAGACGAUUGCGGUGAACGAUGCGAUGGCGUUUGUGGACAACUUCGGCCUCAGUGAGCUGGACAAGAACCGCAUUUUGAAGCUGUUUGGAGGCCAGAUGGUGACGGUUGAGCCGGCUCAGUUCUAUGCGUUUUUGAGACUGUGUGGACAUGCAAAGCAGGGCCGCAGUUUGCGUAAGGAGCUUGCCUUCGUGUCGGCGCCCGUGCCGAAACCUCGCAGCAUUUUGAGCAAGCGCAAGGCAUCUGAGGGAGUCGACCGAAGCGAUUCGCCUGAUUCAGUCACAUCGAAUCCCUUUAGAAAAACUUCUGGCGGCGCUAAAGACAUUGACACUUUUAUGUCUCUGAUGAUCGGUAAGCCGGCCACCACCGGCUCGAGCAAUGGCCACCGGAAGAAGCGAGUCACGUUCGACUCGGGACCGCCGCAAGUCGCUGAGGCUGCCCAAAGGUCUAUGGAAGAGCUGCUACGCCAGCGUGGCGUUGAGUUACCGGUUGCUCCGUCUGCUCCCCCUCCUCCUAUUUUGGAGAAACCUCAAGAAGACGAGCCUGACGUUGCAAUCAACCCCAAUUCCCAUUUCGCUCAGGUCAAUAUAGAUAGCGUCCUUGUUCAUGGCACUUCCGUUGUCCCUCCGGCCCCGCCGCCCCGUCGGUUGACACCAAAUAUGACUGGCCCCACGCAAAUGGUGCAAAUUGGAGUUCUUGCCCCUGAAACCUCCUUAUCGGCAGUGGCAAGCUCUGCUUUGCAACCAAACCACACUGGCCAGCUACCAGUUCCUGCAUUCCCCAACGCCGCACGUCAGUCGUCCCCUCAGAUUUUAGCUCCGCAGGCUGCAAUGCUGUCUCAGCCGUAUCCUGCGCCCAGCUACCAGAGCGUGCCCUCGCCUCAAAAUCUGUCGCCUAUGCCUACGGGGCUAGAGUUUUUGAACUCCGUUUCGCGAUCCUCACCUCAGAACCUAUCGCCGGCCAACACUGGUUAUGCUCGUCCCACCGCAAUGGCUGCGCCCGUCACACUAGGCAAUGACUACGACAUUGCACCACCACCGCCUUUUCGCCGUGCAGCCAAUCCGUACGAUACACAGGCGAUGAGAAACCAGGUCAACAAUUUAUGGUGA